CGGCGGGAGGAGAAGCAUGAAGAGGUGAGCGUUCCGGAGCCGCCAUGGAAGCGUCGUCGUCCUCGUCUCCGGAGUGCCGCCUGGAAGCGCACCGCAUCGUGAGCAUCUCCCUGGGCAAGAUGUACAGCGCCCGGGGCCAGCGGGGCGGCGUCAAGCUCCACAAGAACCUCCUGGUCUCGCUGGUCCUCCGCAGCGCCCGCCAGGCUUUCUUAGCCGAGGCCGAGCAGGGUCCUCCUCCUCCGCGGUGGCCUUGCUGCGGCUGUCCCUCUCCCUCCGGGGGGGAGUCCCCUCCUCGGUCGCCCUUCUGCCCCAGGAAGCGGAGCGCCGGUGGGACCGAGGAGGAGGAGGAAGCCCCUUCUUCGCUGGGGGUUUCUCCGCUGAAGAGGCCCCGCAAGGAGAAGGAGAUGAUGGAGAAAGAGGAGGAGAUGGAGACGGGCAACGUGGCCAACCUCAUCACCAUCUUCGGCUCCGGCUUCUCGGGACUCUUGGGGAAGAAGCCGAGGAGGAGGAGGAGGAGGCCGAUGGAAGAUGAAGAUGGAGGAGGAGAAGGAGGAGGAGAGGCGGCUUGCGGCGAGGAGUCAGUGCUGAGGAACCUGAACCCUUGGAGCAGCACCGCCAUCGUGGCCUUCUGAACCCUGCAGGGAACGUUUAGAAGGAGGAAUGCAAAGGAGGGAGACAGACAGGGCUUGUUGGGGUUGCCUGGUUCUGGGUUCGAGUCCUGGAGGCGGAGAGAGAGAGACUGGAAAAGAGGAGGAGGAGGGACUUUGAACUUUCCCGCCUCUGCUCCUCUUGCUGCUGCUGCCCUCCUUUCCCAGCCUGCAUGAAAGCCUUGCUCUCCAUCCCUCCGCCUCGUCUGAACCAAGCUCCCCCUUGUUCGUUUCAGUUCUCCCUCCAAGGCACACAGGAGAAGAAGAGGAGGAGGAGGAGGAGGAGGAGACAACUCUGUUUUGGAGCCAAGAAGAGACGUUUUGGAAGUGGCCAGUUGUGCUGGGAGUGGAGGGUGCUGCCCAAAGCCCUCUGCACUUGGCUAAACUCAGACCAGACCCAUUGGGUGCUGUGUGUCGGAGGUGUGUUGUUGUUGUUGCCUUGUGUUGGCAGAGUUGUUCCCUGGAGGCUGGGGUUGACUCCUGGCCGCCUUUGUUCUAUAAAGGCUGUUGGGAAGGAAGGAAAGAAAGAAAGAAGGUCUUCAUGGACUUUGUUUUUUUUGUACUGUGUUCUCUUCCAUUAGUUGUGGGUCUGUGUUUUUGUAUGGAAACGUAACUUUUCCUGCGUGUGCGACACGUAUUAAAGUAUUUUGACAUUGCU